GAUCGAGCAGUCGGGGGGGGGGAGGAAGAGAGAGCAACACGGAGAGAAGGAGAGUUUGUGGAGAGAGAGAGAGAGAGAGAGAGAGACAAAGAUGAGGACUGAGUAAGGGAGGGAGAGAGGGCAAAACGCACAGGAGAGAGGAGAAGAGGGAGAGAGGUGCAGUGAGAAAGCAGUGUGUGGAGAGCGCGGCGGCAGCACUGAGUGUGGCGGCGGCGGCGGCGGACAUGGAUGUGCAGAACGAGAGCAGCGAGGCCCCCCCCUGCGAGCCUGCGGCUCCUGGGCGCAUCAAUAGGGCUGCCUUCAAGCUGUUUGGCCACCGCAGGGCGGGGGCAGCACUGGGUAGGAGCCGGACGCAUGAUGGGCUGGGCGAACGUGAUAAGGAAGAUGGUGGCGAGUCAGAGGGCGGGGCCAGGCGCCAGUCCCGCCCCCAUGCUGCCACCGCAGCGGCCCGCCACGCCGUCACCAAGUCACUCAGCUUCUUCUCGCUGCUGCGCCGGAGUGGGCGGGGGGCUGCCAGCGAACCACGGUCCCCCCGGCAGCGUACGGGCCUGCGGGGGCUGCUGGGGAGCAUGCGCUGGCCCCGGCGGCACAAGGAGGCGCACGGAGCCUCGCGGCGAGAACAUGGGCCCCUGGAGCCAGCCAGGGAUGCCGUGGUGCUGAGCCUGGAGCCCCAGGCGAUGGCGCCGGAUCCUCCCACGGACGCAGCUCAAGACCUGAAUGGCCACCUGCCUGACAGCUUGGGGGCCGAGCCCAGCCCCUCUCCCAUUCGGGCCACACUGGCAGCCCCCACCGUGACGGUGACCCCUCCCGGGCGCAGCGGCGGCACUGGGCAUCCCCCCUCAGAGCAUUCGGUGGACCGCCUGUGCUGUCUGUUCACCGACGUCACAUCCCUAAAGAGCUUCGAUUCGCUGACGGGCUGCGGUGACAUCAUUGCUGACGCUGAGGAUGAGGCGGCAGGUAGCCAGAGCAGCAGCGGCACGGGGAGCAGCAGCGGGGCCGGACCAGGGGGUGAAGCCCCUGCUGAGGAAGGCGCGUCUCCAGCUCGGAGCUGCAUGCCAGCUGUAGUGCCCCCUGUGAUUUCUCCGUCUGUACUCGAGGACCCCCCUACUCCACUGAAGGCGCAGGGUGGCGUGGAGGCCUAUAUGGGAGGCGGUGAGGAGAUGGCCAGCCCCGAGCAGGUCGACGACGCCGACAUGCAAGAUCUCUGGCACAUGCUGCCCCGCCAGGGCGCCCCUCCCCUUCCAGCCUUGCAGUCUGAGAAAAAGCCCCCCCCAGUGAGAGCCCUGGGCCUGAGCAAGAUACCCGUUAGUGGCAGGGUGGGGGCACGGUCACUACGGCAGACCACGCCAGACGAGGGAAGGGGCAAAGAUCUGGCGGCACAAGAAGCCCCGCCCAACAGUGACGAAGGCUACUGGGACUCGCCGACGCCCGGCCCAGACGAGGAUGAGGAGGGCGGUGAGGAAGAGAGUGCCAGUCCCUUGCUGCGGGACAGCUGCAGUGGCGAUGCCCUCUACGAUCUCUAUGUUGACCCCGAGCCGAGCCCAGGCCUGGGAGCUUCUGAUGAGGAGGUAACCAAGCUGACCAAGCCCCCCCAGGUGGGCCCCUCCCCCGAGGCCACCGCCUCCUUCCGCUCACUGAAGGGCAGCACCAGCCUGCCCCGCGACUCCAAGAUCCCCAUCAGCGCUAAGCAGGUGGCGCCAUCUCACUCUGCCAGCCAGGGGGCGCUGCUGCCUGGCCCCCCUGAUGCCCCACAGCCCAAGACUGAAGUGCCCCGUACCAAGAUACCCGUGUCCAAGGUCCCCGUGCGCCGCAUCAGCAAUAAGCCGACAAGCACCGGGCUCCAGGACACUCACAGGAAGUAGAGGGGCUGGAAUUAACUGCAGGAAGCGCAAAGCCUCCGACAAAAACCACCUUUACGUAUGACAAUACGGAUGCCUACUCUGCCUAUUGAGCUUCACGCUCUGGCAGCCUGUUAAGACCACCUUACUGCUGAUUUUUUUAUAUGUCACCUCUGUAGCAUAGAGGCCUGCGGAGUACUGCAGUAAAUCAAACUAAUGCAUAGAGCGAGAUGACCCUGCACCCAUACUAUCAGGAAUACCAGCUGCAACCCUCAAUGUCUUCUCACCAUGCUGCACUGCAACACGAGAAUGAGGGAACAAUGCAACAACGGAGCUCUGGAACACUGGAAUUUUGGAACUACUGAGCACCGAAGCACUGGAAUACUGAAGCUCCAGAAUACUGAAGCACUGGAGCAUUGGAGCACCAGAAUACCGAAGCACUGGAACAUUUGAGUUCCAGAACAUCUGAGCACUGAAAUACUGCAACAUGAGAGCAUGAUCUGUCUGUGCUACUGUAAACACAGCUAUAAUAGGAAAUAUGUCAAGAGAGGAAAUAUGUACAGAGACACUGAUAAGCAGAGGUCACCUACGUGCACAGGAGGACAGUCAGAGGAUUGAGAGCGAGGAGCCAUGGGCAUCUAGAUUUUCGGAUGAAGACAUGGUGCCCCAGCUGACCCCAGAACCAGCCACCUGUUUGAGGAUCAGCAAUGACUAUCCUCCAGGCUCCCCUGCAGUGCUCUCUGUUUAACACGGAGGACCCUUUUGCUGCAGUGUCCAUCAUUUGUGAUUUAUAAAACCGUCACGCCACGUAUGGAUUGUUCUGGGUCCGACUCGCCGUGUCUUCCGGCGUACAUGGAAUUGGGAGCUAUAUGGAGUUUUCAGCACCGGAACCAGAUCAGGGAUCGAUGUCUCUGUUUUGAGAUGUUCUUUGUUUGAUUAAGGCCUUUUUCUACAACACUAUCCUUCCUGAAACAGCCCUUUGGCUCACCAUUUUUGUAUAAGCCGCUCGCCUGCUGUGCUUUUGUGUAGCGGGGGGGGGGCGACGACUCAGGGGCGACAUGGGCACCCUCCACUCACAGCUGAAUGUAGCAGCAUGAAGGGCAGGUCUGGUUUCUUUUCGACUUUGGGCCCCGCAGAGUCACAUGUCCCCCAUGUCCUUCACAGUGUGACGUCACCGGCCCAGUCAGCGAUGUCCUCAGACCUCUACGUCUGUCUGAUGGCCGCUGAUCAAGCUGUUUAAGUUUUGUUUCUCUUCCGUUGCCGCUGUGAACCUGAGUGUCGUCUGCUUUUCUAUUUAAUAAACGGAUUAACAGACUCCUGUGUGCUGCCAUUACUGACACAGAGAGGCCUGUGUGGGGUGAUGCUGCAGCACGUGAGCUGGGCAGGAUUACAUAAUGUCACACUAUCACUCUGUGGGACCAGGUGGGGUGUGUGUGUGUGUGUUGGCCAGCACGGCUGCUCUGUCUGUCAGUUCUGGGCACACUGCUGGUGCUGAAGCUACAUUUGUGUGUGUGUGGGUGGGUGUAUUUGGGCAUUAGCGUUUGCCUGUGUGGGUGAGCAUCACUUUAGUGGUUCUUCCUGAGUGCACCCUCCAUAUUGCUUUGUUUUUGCUGUAUUUAGGCAGAGCCAGUUUACAAUAAGCUGGUUCAACAUACUUAUUUUCAAUGUGACGGUGAGCCGGGAGGGAGGUCAUAUAUAGUUAGUGAGAAGGAGAGCCCAGGUGCAUUGUGGGAUGCUGUCAUGUGUAAGAAAUCAGAUGGAUGGUGUGUCUGGGGUGUGGGGAAA